AUACUUUCAGUAGGUAAUUAUGAUGAGGACGUGAGAAGUGAUAUGGCAGUGUGCUCAGUGUGCAACAAACCUAACAGCACACAUUCAGAAUCUCUUAUACAAUGUGGCAAGUGUAAAUUCUACGUUCACAAAGAAUGUUACGGUAUACCUAGCCAGUUCUCCACUGUAGAAGGUUGGCAUUGUCAGCGGUGUACACUCGGAGCAGGAAACGAGCGUUGUCAGCUCUGCCCGUUUGGUGAGGGCGCGCUUAAGAAGACAGAUAACGGAGGCUGGGCUCACAUUCUCUGUGCUCAAUACAUUCCCGAGGUCAUAUUUGGUAACAACUACUCGAUGGAGCCAAUAAACCUUGCUGAAGUCCCGGGACCUAGGUUCCAGCAAGUGUGUUAUAUUUGCGACGAAAAGGGAGAUGACAUGGCUAAGAGACAGGGUGCCUGUAUGCAGUGCAAUGUUCAGAACUGUAUCAACUGUUUCCACGUGACAUGUGGCCAGAAAGCUGGACUUCUGGUGGCUGAGGACUGUGAAAAUAGACGGAUUGUGGAUUACUACGGGUUCUGUAGUCGUCACGUCAAACACAAAGCUAGCAGUUCUAAAUUCGGGGAACAGUCUACUGAUAGCAGCAAAGAGAAGCUGCCAGCAGUGGACACGUUGUUGCAAGCCCAGCAGCUGAAAGAUGUUACUAAGAUACUCCCCAGUAUUGGUAACGCACCUAAAACACUGCCUUUUGAUAACGGGACAAACUUUAAACCUGUCCAGCCUAAGGUCCAAGCACAGCCAAUGCCAUUUCAAGGGGUCCAUAAGCAAGACAAAAUUAUUGAUAGUGGAAUUUUACAAACGACGGAAGGUGACGGGUACCCAGCGAAGAGAGAAGGUGACACCAUCAACUCCAGCUCCACAGCCAGCGCUACCACCAGUACUAACAGCACGCCUUCUUCUGUUCCUAAAACCAGGAAACCUUCCUCCGAGACUGACACUGCUGACAGUGAAGACCUAGGAUCUGAGCCCAUAGUCAAGACACUUCAAACCUUAAGCUACAGUACGGGAGAGAAAACUAAACUGAAGAUAUCCAAGCAAAGUGCUCCUAGUAAAGGAGACGGUAGUGACGGUGGAGAGCAAUAUAACGAUCUUCUGGACGUCUUCUCCAAGAAAUCCAAGAAAAAGAAAUACAAAUCUCCCGACUCAGAGUUAUCUGAUUACAUUCCUUACAAUGAACGUAAGAGCAGAAGUCUUCACAAGAAGGGUAAAAGAGGCAAAAUGAAGAAGGACCCUCUGAGGAUACGAUCUCUCAAGUCUAAGAUCAAGUCUCCCAAAUAUAAUCACAAUAGCUACAUGUACAAGUCACCUCCAAAAACCCCUGUAAAAGUACAAAAAUCCCAACUUCUGAACGGAGAUAAAGGGUAUUCGCCCACAAGUAUAGUUAGUUCUAUGAUGGAAGAAACAAGAGACCGACCGGUUGAAGAUUACAAACCUUGCACCGGGAAACCUCUCAUCACACUAGACACAUUCUUCGAUAGAUUCAAAGAAAUGGGCAUGCAGUACAUUCUCGAUAAGUGUCAGAGUGAGAAAUCGAGGGAGACUCUCAAGCAACUGCAGGAACUAAACCAAGUUAAUUCCUAUCUGGCAAACAGAAUAAAAGCCAAAUCAUCAAAACUUGAGCAGCUGAAGAAUCUGAAUGCAAGGUUAUCAGUACCAUAUUCAAAACCUCUGAGAGCUCUGCCAGAAGCAAUUCCUCUUAGUAAAGCUGCCACAGAACUUUUGUCAACAAUUCACAAGCCUCCAGAGUUCAGGACUGACAUUAUCAUUGCUGAAACAUUUACUGAUAAAGAGAUAAUUGAGAAGCAGUCUAAAAAAGACCCACAAGUUUCAUCACCAGAAGAACCACCACGACCUACCACUAUUGAAGAACCAGAAGUGGUAGUGAAACUACCGGUCCCAGCUUCUAUGUCAGCAUUAGUUCCUAAACCUACUGAACCAAACAGUAGCGAGAAACCUGAAGAAGCUGCAGCCUCAAAAGAUACUGAAACACCCACCACAGAUACCCCUCAGAUAAUAAUAGCCGGAGAUCCGCCCAUGGCUUAUACCUACAAGGAUGGGGCCCUUGUUGGUUACCCUGAGGCGCUUCAGUCGUCUCUUACCUACAACAAAGCCUUGGAGGAUCAGUAUAAUAAAGUUGUAGAGCAGCACUACAAGGAGAAGAUUAGCGCUGCUUACUUUGAGGCCCAGCGACGACAGUAUGAGGGUUUACUGCAACAUCAGAUGCAGAGUAAGAUGCAGGCUAGCGAUUACCUGACUCAAGCCUACCUAUCAGACCCAUUCACGGCGAGUUAUUACUACGCUCAACAGACUGGCAGGCAGAUGCCCUCAUUGACCCCUCAUUUCCCCUCCAACCCCUCACUACCCGCUCCCUCCUACAGUGGUCUGUCUUCUAGACCUGCUGUUACUAGACCUGGCUAGGAGUAUCAGUCAUCGGACCAAGUUUAUCCACCUGAAUCAAAUUCCCUCUGCUCGAUCGACAAAGCAAUAUUAUCCACUGCUCACCGCCAUGGACUAACCUUGAGGGAGCGUUCACAUAUGACGUCAGCAGCCGAGAGGGGAGGGGGGUUGGAAAUGCAGACGGGGGGAGGGGGUCUGGGCCUUGCUGACGUCAGCAAAAAUACGUGCAUUUUGACAAAAGUUGUUGUUUUAAAUACAUUUUAUUAACAAUAAAACUUUGCUAAUUUCCUUAAUAUUAGUGCUUCGGUGAACUGAACUCUGUUGACCAACUUUAAAUCAGUCACACACUAAUUUUCCCUGCCUUCACCCCCUCGUUGGCUGACGGGAGGGGAUAUGUAAUAAGUAAGGGGGUUAAGAAGGCAAAGUGGGAGGGGGGUUAAAUUUGACAAAAUCUUGCUGACGUCAUAAUAUGUGAACGGUCAUCAAGAACCAAUGACACCUAUAUACGAUGAGAUUAUUUGAAAACAUAGUGAACUAUGCAAUGUAUGUUCAAAUGUAUAUCUAGAUAUUCGAUCGUUUGUGAAUGACCUCUUUACAUAAUUUA